CACUGCUCUCUAGGGCGUAUCUUUUAUUAUUUAUGUUGUGAGUUUGUGUUAUUUUGUAAGAUCACGCUUUGUUGAACGAAAAAUGCAUUCCCAGACGAAUCUCAUUGCAGUGCUGCUGCUGGCAGUUCUAAUUCACGAAGGCUCUGCAAUUUGGUGCUACCGCUGUACUUCGGCUACGCCAGGCUGUACGGAGAAGUUCAACUGGCGGGGAAUAGGGUUCCUGGGCGAGCACUGCCCUGAACCGGACGACAUUUGCGUCAAGCUGACGGAGCGACGCGGCGCCAGGGAAACAAUUACCCGUGACUGCCUUAGCGCAUUGAGCUUCCGCAAAGACAUUCCCGCCGACAAAUACGAGGGAUGUCGCCCUGCCGCACACGACGAAAAGCUUGCGAACUACGUAAACCACACGAUCAAGGAGCACGACGUGCGCCGUGACUACUACACGGACACCACGUUUUGCUUCUGCUUCCUGGACCAUCGAUGCAACGGAGCUAGUGGCCUACAAACGUCCGCCGUAAUCGGCCUUCUCACCGUUAUCACUGCCCUGCUUCUCCGCUAGAGUCUCCAUUCGAGUGCAGCAUCUAAGUGCCUUACUAACUCGUUCUACCACGACGAAUCUCGUCUUACAUUCCGUCCUUUUUGUACAACUUUUUGACAUGACUACAGCUUUUAGAGUCUUGUGUUUACUCAACUAAUUAAAUACAUUUUACCAUAUUUAUAAA